AAGUUUUAAACGGAACCAUGUAAGUGCAAAUACAUCACGCUUUACGAAUCCCAUAUUCAUCACCUACAUAACAAUAUAAGCUCAGUGUUGUUUUGUGUGUUAUAGCCGCAAGUCACACACGAUAACAAUAUAAUCGGUGUGAUGUAUUUGUUUUUUCUCGGGGUUCUGUUGCUGGGCUGCGUAAACGCGAAUAAUGAUGCCGAAUAUGUAAAUGUUAAAUCCGUCAAAGGUGGUCAUCGGGGCUUUCAUUACAACCCAACAGCCAACUACCCCAACUUCUACAAUGGCAGCAGGGGUCAGUACGGCGGAUAUGACAUGCGUUACAACAUGACACAUGGUUAUGGGUCCCUCAACACUACUGCCAUACGCCGAGUUGACUAUGAAGUCGGUGUUUGCUACAUUGAAGUACCAACUGCCACCUUAGUGCGUAAUCCAGCUCAAGUUCCUAUGGGCAAUGGUUCGCGACCUGACCUCAGCCGUAUCAGAAGCUGUUGUAAAGGCUACAUACGAAACAUCCACAACUCUCAAAUUUGUGAUCCAGUAUGCUCCAAGGAAUGCGUCAAUGCGCUUUGUACUGCACCCGAGACAUGCUCGUGUUUCCCUGAUCAUGUGAAAAAUUUGGCUGGAUUUUGCAUACCCAUUUGCCCUAUAGGAUGCCAGAACGGUCAUUGCAGUGGUGGUGAGUGUUUGUGCAAGCCCGGCUUUAAAUUGGACUCUGAAAGCAAGUAUUGUAUUCCAACUUGCAGAGAAAACUGUGGAGGUAUAGGUAAUUGUACCAACUUGAAUGUUUGUGAAUGCAAGUCCGGCUACCAAUCUACCCCCGAGGGUAAUUGCAGGCCUGUUUGUAGUAAAUGCAACGGCGAUUGUGUCGCGCCCAACGACUGUCGGUGCAAGCCUGGCUAUGCAUUAGAUCAACAAGGCCAAUGUACUCCACAAUGUCCUCAGGGAUGUGGACCCAACAGCCGAUGCAUUAGUCCGAAUGUUUGCGACCAAAAUGGAUCUGUUCAACCACACCAACCCGGAAACCUUUACCCAUUGUAUCCUGGACAACAGAUAAAUAAAACAGUGCCCGCAAACAACACAUAUCCAGGUCAAAUAUAUAUACAAAAUAGUACCAGUUUUCAAGAAAGAGGAGAUCAGCUCUUUACUGACAGUCAAAUCUACAAUAGCAGUACUCAUUCAGGUCAAGAUGGCAUUCAAAAACCUUCAGGUUAUCAACCAGGACAGCAGGGAUACCCAGGAAUGUCUCAAUAUCCAAAUCCGAAUGGGCAAAACAGAUACCCCAACCAACCAGGUUCCAAUGAAAAACCUGAAUAUCGACCAAUACCUCAACGUCCAGGCCAAUCUGGCUAUCAACCAGGGCAGCAAAGAUACCCUGGACAAUCUGGGUAUCCUGGACAAUCUGAAUAUCCUGGACAGUCUGGAUAUCCUGAACAAUCUGGAUCUCCUGGACAAUCUGGGUCUCCUGGACAAUCUGGGUCUCCUGGACAGUCUGGGUCACCUGGACAAUCUGGGUCUCCUGGACAGUCUGGAUAUCCUGGACAGUCUGGAUAUCCUGGACAGUCUGGAUACCCUGGACAGUCUGGAUACCCUGGACAGUCUGGAUAUCCUGGACAGCCUGGAUAUCCCGGACUGUACCCAGGACAACCCGGAUAUCCCGGGCAGUACCCUGGACAACCCGGAUAUCCCGGGCAGUACCCUGGACAACCCGGAUAUCCUGGGCAAUAUGAAAAUCCACGACAAUAUGAAUUUCCAAGACAACCCGAACCUUUCUUAUACCCUGAUCAACCAGGAUACCGCCCUGGCUAUCCGGGACCAUCUAGACCUGGGCCUCAAGAAAACCCUAGGCAAUCUGAAUAUCCUGACCUACCUGGAUAUAGGUUACCUUCUGGAUAUCCCGUGUCAGCUGAUCAACGACAUCCUAAUAACCAAAAUCAAACCUCUUACCCCAUAAAUCAAGGAAAUCAAAAUAGUUCUACUCAACCUCAGUACCAAGGCCAGCCAGAUCACAAUGCACCAUCUGGAAUAAAUGGAAAAUCUUUAUACCCUAGUUACCCUCCAAGUAAUGGGUUAUCAGGAUAUGGCCAGCAGACGAACACCGACAAUGAUCAAUGUGACCAGCCUUGUAUUAAUGGUGUCUGUAGUCAAGGACUUUGUCGUUGUAAGCCUGGAUAUAUUAUGGACGUGAAUGACGUAACACAGUCCAGAUGUCUGCCAAACUGUCCUGGUGGAUGCCCGAACGGCGUGUGCUCAGCGCCGCACUUCUGUAUCUGCAACCCCGGAUAUCACAAGGACACAAGUGUCAAAGGGCGGCAAAACUGCGUCAAAAGAAUCCGCCGCUCUAUCAACGAACUAUUGGACUAAACGAAGAUCCCUGUGUAUGAUACAUCUGAAAAUACUGAGUAAUAAAAUGUGACUAAUACCA